AACCUCAUGUUCGUUUCGUUGUUGGCUUUUUUCGUCUCUGCACUUUUUUUUUUCUUUAUCCAUCCUUUAUAUAUAUACUUCUGUUUCUUUUGAUUUGCUCAACAGAAGGAAACAAAAAAAAAAAAGGAGAGAGAGAGGUGAGAGAAGAGAUGGGGUUCAUUGUCGAAGGAGAUGAGAGUGGCGACGUCGUUCUGGAGCCGCCACCUAAUUUUUCGAUGGUGGAAGAAGGCAUUUUCAGAUCUAGUUUCCCUCGACCCUGCAAUUUCGCCUUCUUAAAAACCCUAAAUCUUCGAUCCAUCAUAUACUUGUGCCCAGAACCCUAUCCUGAGGAAAAUUUGGAGUUCCUUCGAUCGCAUAAUAUCCGGCUUUUCCAGUUCGGGAUCGAGGGGAAAACGGAGCCUUCUCUUGCUUCACUCAAGGAUGCCAUUAGAGGGGCUCUCAAGAUCUUAAUUGAUGUGAGAAAUCAUCCUGUUUUGAUCCAUUGCAAACGUGGAAAGCAUCGCACGGGUUGCCUUGUUGGUUGCUUGAGGAAAUUGCAGAAUUGGUGCUUGUCAUCAGUGUUUGAGGAGUACCAACAUUUUGCAGGCAUGAAAUCCAGGAGUGCUGAUUUGAGAUUUAUAGAAACAUUUGACAUCGUAUGCCUCACGCAGUGUCUUCACAGCAUCAUAUAUCAGUACCAAGGAUAUGGUUCGAAAAAGAGGCGGUUGCUUUACGGUGAAGAGUGUACAGAAACCCCAAAUAACUUCGAUAUGAAUGAAGAAUCGGCACAUAACAUUAACGGAAGGAAUUCACACUUCUCUUUAAUGGUUUGAGAAAGUUUUUUUUUUUCUCUUAAAAUCAAGUUUUGCAAUUGCCUUAUAUAUAUAUAUAUAUAUAAACCCAUUGUGAAAAGAUACCUUAGUUAUCUUGGAGUACAACAUAUUCCCUUUGGGAUAGUAGCUUCUAUUUUAUUGUACAUAGGAGGAGAAGCAUUUCUGCAAAUCUUGAUUUAGGUUCUGUACAGCUAUUACUCUAGCAUAAGAUCAAGUUUGCAUUAAUUGAAAUUAUUCACCCAAAGAAACAUCAAUGAAGAUAUUGCUCUCUCUCUCAAAUGUCAGUUUGACUAUGGUGUAUUUUGCGAUAUAAUUACAACCAGUUACUGUUAAAUUA